CCUGAAUUACUGCCUAUUUAUCGGUUCUGUAGUAUUAAGUUAUGUCUUCUUACUAACUGAAUUUCUGGUGAAUAAUGUCAAUGGUAGAACUGGUACCAAAUAUAUAUAUAUAUAUAUAUAUAUAUAUAUGGAUCACACAUAGCAAUUUUGUGUAAUCAUUGACAUACAUAUCUAUGAUGCAACAAACUAGAUUAUGAAGCUGAAGCUGAACUUGGACUUCUGCCAGCACUUUGAAAAUCAUCUGUACUGUAACUACUCACUCGUAGGUUCUACAUAUAUUUACCAAACAGACUCACAAAUGACAAAAUUAGUGCAUUCCUUCUCGAUUUAGGUAACUCAGGCUAUCCAUAUUAUAACCAUCUUACCCCAGCUUCAAUAGUUCUGCAGGGACUGAAAUGUAAUAAAUAAAUAGUUGGUUAGUUGACAGCUGCUGCCAGCUGUAGGCAGUUAGAAGUAGUUAACAGUUGCAAGUGUGCAACUGUGUAGUAUAAAAGGGGCAGUAGCUUGCAAUUGAAGCGAUCUCCUUAGAGUUUACAUACUGGUUUUGGAACCAGAGAGAUGUUUGGGAGCUCUAGGAAACCCUAGUUUCAGUGUUCUUCCCCAAUUUCAUUGUAAUUCCCUGAAUCCCUAGUUGAAGUUACAAAUUGAACUACUGAAUUGUAAUCUCAGUUUCAGAUCAAUAACACUCACUGGAAUCACCAGUGUUAUCAAUAAUUAACUCAAGUCGGUUUUCCACUCAAGUUAGUUAAGCAGUUAGCAUACAACUGAAUACUGUUUGUUUGUUGGCUUGUACGUAGGAUAAGUUGUUGACCUUCUUGUUUGAGUUAACACCUAAUUAGUUCACUAUCUCCAUGGUAACUAUGUGUAUGAUUAUUCCAUUUUCUAGUAAUUAUGACUUUGCCUUAUUUUUCCCAGACACGUGUUCGGCACCGAUGUUAUCCAGAUCCUCUUUUGGAAGUGAACAGAGAACUCACAGAACGUCAAAGGUCGAAAAUACGGCAGACCCCAUUUAAAUGGCUAAUGCAAAUUCCUGAACAUCUACAAAUCAACGGGAGUUUGCUAAAAGAAUUAACCAUUCGGUGGGAGGAGCAGAGUUUGGCUUUUGUAAUACAAAAUAAGCUAGUGCCAUUUACUCCCGUAGAUGUCUGCUUAGCACUUGGCCUACACAUAUUAGGGGAAAAUGUGAGUUUACAAUCUGAUACAGAGGUUAAGGGUCACUGUUAUACUAAAAAGUUGUUUGAAGGAAAGAAAAUCACUUCAUUAACCAUCUAUGACCAACUUCAAAAGUACAAGGCUGAUGAACAUGUUGAUGACUUCUGUCGGCUAUAUGUGCUUCUUAGUUUUGCUUUAUUCUAUUUGCCUAACACAAAACAUACUGUCCCUGAUGCCCUAGUGAGGAUUUUAGAUUCUGAAGUACAUUCCCUUCAUAAAUAUAGUUGGGGUGUUCUUGUGUACGAUGUUUUGGUUGAUAGCUUGAACUCUAUGGCCAUAGGGUUGAAGGAGGCAACAAUUUCUCAUCAGAUAAAUAUCAUAGGUUGUGCAGCAGUAUUACAGAUCUGGGCACUGGAACACUUGGUAUUGUCACCAAAGAUAUCCGCUGCCACUCUAAAUACAUUUCCUCGAGUUCUGGGCUGGAAUCCCCUUGUGACGCGGCAGAUGAAUUUGUCCAAACUGUUUAAAACUUGUUGUGUAUAUGAAGAAGUGGUUGUAGCAAAUGAAGACCUUCAUGAUGAUAUUUUAAGGGAAGCCCUGGAGAAGGCACCUAGUGGGUUUUGCCAUUGGUGUCCAACCUUUGUUAAGUCGAAAAAAGAGCAAACGAGAACAUGAAUUUUUAAAUGCACAGCUUAGGUUAUUAGAGGAUAGGAUAUCAUUCCUUGAGAAUUGAGAUAGAAGCACCUCCUUUGCUUGAAUGGAAAACCACUACCUCAACAAAGAUGGGCGAUGAAAGUUUCCACUAUGAAAAUUCUAAUACAGAGUGUCCAGAUUUAGCUGAAUGUGUUACUAUACCCCAUGUUCAUGAACCCGAUGAUGAUGAUGAUGCUAUGCAUGAGGAACACCAUGAGGAAACGCAUGUUGAUGAACCCGAUGAUGAUGAUGAUAUGCAUGAGGAACGCCAUGAGGAACCGCGUUCAAACAUGUACACACGGCUUAAAGACCAACCCAGGAGACGCGUGGAAAGUUCUAUAUCGCACACACCGUGGACCACAUUUAAGAAGAACAAAAAGAGGAAUCACCCGUAGGGAUGUUUAAAACUAUGUCAAUUUUGGAAAAGUUUCUGGUUCAUAGGCAGUGGCUUUAAUGACAUGAUUGACAGAAGCAUGUCCUGCUUAUGCAAUUUUCUUUGAAGUUCCAGUAGCUUGCUGAUCAUAGGUAGAAUCCUUUUGUACUGAUCAGCUGUGAACAAAUCAAUUUGUAAGUACUUGUAGCUGAUUACAAAGUCAUGAGUCGUAAUUA